GAUACUUUAAAGUAGUUUUGGGUCUUUUGAUUAUUAAAGUUAUAAUCAAAUUGACCGUAUGUACCGUUGAUUUAUACAGGUGUAUUGCACUCGAAACGUGUCCGUUGUUGCAACAUAACGAGGGUGUAUUUCAAAACUUGACAAAAUGGCUAUCUUCCGGAAAAUUUUCCAUACACUAAUUGCUACGAAAUGUGUUUGGAUUACUUUUUUGGCAUUUGUUCUUCCGUUAAAACUAUUGACAGACUAUGAUCCUGAGUUGAAAAUGGAAUCCAAGUGCGCAUACGUGAUCAUUGUAAUGGCCGUUAUGUGGUUGACGGAAGCUGUUCCAAUACCAGUGACGUCACUGUUUCCUGUGUUCCUGUUUCCAAUGGUGGGCGUGGCUCCUGCAAGAGUGAUCAGUUCAGCUUACUUUACAGACAUAUCGAUGCUGCUACUAGGAGGUCUACUUAUUGCUAUGGCGCUAGAGGAGACUAGACUUCAUACCAGGAUAUCCCUGUACGUCCUCGUCCUUGUUGGAGCUCAACCUAUCAUGUUAAUGCUUGGCGCCAUGGUUACAACGUGGUUUCUUUCCUUCUGGAUCAACAACACGUCAGCGACCGCCAUGAUGAUUCCAAUUAUACUGGCCGUGUGUGAGUCUGUCAAAGAAGUCAGAGCACAGUCAGCCGAGGAGGAGGCCGUUCUGGUGACGUACGACUCAAACGAUCAGGUGGAGAUCACCAUCAAUCAAACGUGCAAAGAGGACGAAAACCACGUUACUAACAAAAAGCCAUCGCAAGACGAGGAAGUAUUUACUGACAAACAUGCAGAGCAGGAGUUCAAGGCAUUGGCAAAGGCGCUGUGUUUAAGCGUUGCAUACGGUGCUUUCUGUGGUGGAAUGGCCACAAUCACUGGCACGCCACCAAAUCUUGUACUGAAAGAUGUUGUAGACAAGCUUUACAGAGAUAAUGGUCAGAAUGAAUCGCCGAUUUCUUUUACAUCUUGGAUCGUAUUUGCCUUUCCUUUGUCACUUGUUACAAUGGUAAUUGGAUGGCUUUGGCUCGCUUUUAGAUUUCUGGGAUCAAGCUGCUUUCGUCGGAUGGAUCCGGAAGCUAAAGCGGCAAUAAAUGGUGUUAUUCGUAAACGUGCCAAAGCACUUGGGCCUAUAUCAUUUGCAGAAACAGAAGUCGUUAUCGUGUUUGUUUCCAUGGUGAUAUUUUGGCUGUUUCGAAAUCCGCCAAAUAUUGACGGAUGGGGGAAGAUUUUUGUAGAUGAAGACGUAAAUAAUGGAUUGAGUUUGGUUUCAGAUUCCACACCCUGUAUUCUUCUUAGCACCCUUUUGUUUAUUUUGCCAGAGAAAAAACCUAACAUCCUUUGUUGGAGUGAUGGGAUCCCAUCUUAUACGCCGAUUCUGAAAUGGCAAAUGGUAACAAAACAGCUACCCUGGGGCGUGUUGAUUUUAGUGGGCGGAGGGUUUGCAAUGGCUAGAGCCAGUCAGAUAUCAGGAUUAUCCGUGUGGAUUGGAAAUGAAUUCAAAGCGUUCGGACAGUCAGAACCGAUCGUUCUUAACGCGAUAAUCCUAGUUGUUGUUGGCAUGGUAACAGAAGUGAUGAGUAACCCAGCAACCGCUCAGCUUUUUAUUCCGAUACUAAGAGAUAUGUCUGUAUCUGUCGGGAUCAACCCCCUGUAUUUGAUGAUAACUAGUGCGAUUGCCUGUUCGUUCGCUUUCAUGUUACCAGUAGCUGCUCCUCCUACUGCCAUUGUGUUUGCAACUGGAUAUAUAUCAAUACCUGAUAUGGCUCUUGCCGGACUGCCUAUGAAGAUAAUAGGCAUCGGUGUUUCGAUGCUGGCAAUAAACACAUGGGGGACCAAACUGUUUGAGCUGGAUAAGCUUCAAGACUUUUUCCAGGAUGGGACGAUGGUAGGGACGCAGAUGAACUCCAGCUUAGCAACCACUGCUAGUGUGUGGUUAAAGGGAAACGAAACCUUGCCAAACAUUGAUAGUGCUCGUAAUAUGACUUUGAUUUGAGGUCUAAAGUGUUUUGAACUGUAAAAUAUUCAUUUGUUUGAGUUUCAUCAACAUACUUGAUGUCUGUUUUAUAAGAGGUGUAAUAUAUUUAUGUAUAGAUCAACUACUUUGCACUUCAAGUACUACGUUUAGAAUGAACCCAGUUACACUCCUGAACCCAAUAGCUUAGUGUACUUUUAUUUGAAUUGUACUGUACAGUUCCAUUUUAGGUUAGCAUCAGUUG